GAGCUGGAAGAGUUGGGCGAUAAAGUUGGUCCUUUGAUGCCUAGCGAUCUUGCCAAGGUCGGUUCGGAAAGAGAGGAAAAGAAGGUUGCCGCUCCUCCUCCAGAGGCACAACCAGCACCCAAGGAGAGAAACAAAGGUAGUAGCGAGGUCGAGGUGGACCCUACGGCUGUCGAACCUGUUUCUCCCAAGCCUGACUCGGAGAAGAAAGAGGAGAAGAAGGAGGAGAAGAAGGAGAAGGAGAAGGAGGAGAAAAAGGAGGAGAAAAAGGAGGAGAAGAAAGAGGAGAAAAAGGAGGAGAAGAAAGAAGAGAAAAGCUAG